CAGACCUGGAGGGAAAAGGAGGGCUGGGGCCACUCUUCUCUCCUUUCUACAUGCACCUCUCAUCACCUGCCCCUCUGCCCAGAAGUCCAAUGGGAGUUCUUCCUCCCUCCCCUAUCUAAGGUAAGGAAGGUGAUGUGGGGUUGGGGAUGGCACUCAGGCUCAGGAUGGUGGCAGGCAUGGUACUCAGUCUAAGUCGGGGAGUGGGGGUGGGACCUGGCAUUACAUCUCUAAAAUGUUCACAAUCACUGCCCUAGAACAUAGGAGACACUCAUUAAUGUUUAUUGGAACUGGCUGACAAAAGAAAGUGUCUUAUCUCAAGUCACUCACAGUUUAAAGGAUAAACACUAUGUAAAUAACUAUAUUCAAAUGAGCUAAGUACAGGAUAAAUUGAAAGUAAUAACUAGAUGGUAGGCAUUAGAAUUAAGGAGGAUCAGGAAAGACUUCUUGUAAAAUGUGGUUUCUUAUUUAAGUAAGGGAAGACAGAAAGUGGAUAUAAGGAGCAAGAGUAUUCCAGACAUAAGGAAUUUCUAUUUAAAACUCCUAGAGAUAGGAGAUGAAGUAUCUUGUUUGAGAAGUAGCAAAGAGAUUAGUGUUGAUGGAUUGCAGAAUUUGUUUGGUUGAACAUAAAUGAUUAGACAUAGAACAUAAAAUAUAAGAAGAUGGAUUAAUAUUAAAUAGUCAGAGAGGAAAAGUGGGAUGAUCACCAACUAUUAGUCUUCCAUUGGUGUUCUUUGUGACAUGAUUUUUUGACCAAUUACCAAUCUAGUACAUAAUUACAAAUGAUAGGAAGGAAGCUAAAGGCAGAAACUACCAUGAUCAUUCAGGUAUGCUGUUUCAAAGAUUCCUCCUCUGUUCUCUUUGUCUACUACAUGGAAUUUUCCCAUUGUCUAUCAGAAGAUUUAAGGCUGCCAAUAAGACUCACAAAUUAGUAGUCACUUCCUCUCCAAUAUACUAUGGUACACAUCCCACAUUGACUUAUUAUAUAAAGGAAUGCUUUCUCAUGAUUUGAGCUAUCAUACAAUAAAAUGGCUUUCUUUUGUUAGGGUGCACUUCUCAACAAUGAGAAUGUUCAUCAGAAAUGUUUUCAUGGCCAAUACUGGUGAUUUCCUGGAAGGUUGGACAAUAUGACUUCUCAAUUCCUUCUUUACAAUAAGAUUUUAUGAUGUUAUCAUUGCAUGAUUACAAGAAGUAUCUGUUGGCUUCUUUCAAAAGAACAGGAAUAUCAAAUAUGAACCAGAACAACCAGACUUGGGUGAUAGAAUUUCUUCUUCUGGGUCUUUCUGAUGAUCCUCAGAUUCAAUUGCUACUUAUUGUAUUAUUCUUGGGAGUGUUCUUGGGUACUGUGCUUGGAAGCUUACUCAUUAUCUACCUGGUUCUAACUGACUCACAACUCCAUACACCCAUGUACUUUUUUCUUUGCAACUUAUCUCUGGCUGACAUUGGUGUCACUAUUACCACUGUACCACAAGCCUUAGUCCAAAUGUUAAGUAGGAAGAAGACCAUUUCCUUCUUGGGCUGUGGUGCCCAGAUUUUCUUCUCCACUACUUUUGGAGCUACACAAUGUUCACUAUUAGCUAUUAUGUCCUAUGACCGAUACUUAGCAAUCUGUGAUCCCAUGCAUUAUUCUCUCAUCAUGACAGGGAAGGUGUGUGGACAAUUGGCUUUGGUGUGCUGGGUCAGUGGUAUUGUUGCAUCCUAUGUUGACACUACAUUUACAUUAUGUCUACCCUACCAAGGAGACAAUAGGAUUGCUCAUUUCUUUUGUGAGGCACCAGUUCUCUUGACUCUGGCAUCUGGAGACACUCAUAAAGCAGAGAUGGCCAUUUUUUUCAUUGGAGUAUGGAUUCUUCUUGCACCUAUGUCCCUGAUUCUAGUGUCCUAUGGACUUAUUAUAGUGACUGUCAUUAGGAUGAAGACAACGUCGAAAAGACUCAAAGCAUUCUCCACCUGUGGCUCCCAUCUCCUUGUAGUCAUCCUUUUUUAUGGGACACUCAUUAUUGGCUACAUGACACCCAAGUCCUCCAGGGAGCAAUUCAAGCGAGUUGCUGUAUUCUAUGGUGUCAUAAACCCUAUGCUUAACCCUCUCAUCUAUAGUCUGAGGAAUAAGGAAGUGAAGAGAGCUUUCAGAAAUGCAGUCAACAGGAAGUAACCCUCAUCCUUGAACUACAUUUGGCCUUAUCUGUAACCCCCUACAUGUGUCAUUUAUCCCCUUACCAGAAAAUAUAUCUACUAUUACUAGUAUUUUGUAAUACAUGAAAAUAUUGUCUUUUUAUUUCACAUAUCUCCAUAUAUACACAUAGAUAUGUGUG